GUUGGGUUCCAACGAAGCCCGCAUACGUUGUAGAGAUUCCGGAAAAGGUUCUCUUUGUUGUUGAAGUUGUAGAAAUUUGAAAAAUCAAACCGAACGGGAAUGGAAUCGAAUCGAUAGAUAAUUUUUUCAAUUGGAACGCAAAUUGGAAUUCUGUGGCGUUGGAUUGUGUUUCCAAUUUCAUUUGAAACCUUUCAAUCCGGAUCUAACAUUUCGCCUCGAAGCAAUGAUAACGAUUCCCUAUCUGACUGCUUUGACUACAUAUUUCAGCUAUGGAUUGCUCUUCGCUUUUGGCCAAUUCCGAGAUUUUUUCAGGAAAAUUUUCGAUCGGUGGCAUGCCAGCAAUCUUCAGGGUUACGCGCCGAUCUGUUUAGGGCUUGAAGACUUCUACAUUCGACGUCUCUAUCUUCGAAUUCAGGACUGUUUUGGACGACCUAUAUCAAGUGCGCCUGAUGCUUGGUUUGAUGUGGUGGAACGUUACUCCAAUGACAAUAAUAAGACAUUAAAACGAACUACGAAGAUAACUAGGUGUCUUAACUUGGGAUCGUACAAUUACCUUGGCUUUGCCGCGGCUGAUGAAUAUUGCACACCACAUGUUAUUGAAUCAUUGCAUAAGUUUUCCCCAAGUACUUGUAGUUCUCGUGUUGAUGGAGGAACUACAACAGUCCACACUGAAUUGGAGGAGUGUGUUGCAAACUUUGUUGGAAAGCCAGCUGCCGUUGUAUUUGGCAUGGGCUAUGUGACAAACUCUGCCAUCCUUCCUAUCUUUAUUGGGAAAGGAGGGUUGAUAAUUAGUGACUCAUUGAACCACAACUCUAUUGUAAAUGGUGCUCGAGGAUCUGGAGCAACAGUUCGAGUUUUCCAACAUAAUACACCAUCUCACUUGGAGAAAGUUUUGAGAGAACAAAUUGCUGAGGGACAGCCUAGGACGCAUAGGCCUUGGAAGAAGAUAAUUGUCAUUGUUGAGGGUAUCUAUAGUAUGGAAGGGGAACUCUGCAAACUUCCAGAGAUUGUUGCACUGUGCAAGAAAUAUAAGGCAUAUGUUUACUUGGAUGAGGCUCACAGCAUUGGAGCUGUUGGAAAAACAGGAAGAGGUGUUUGUGAAUUGUUAGGAGUGGAUACUGCUGAUGUGGAUAUUAUGAUGGGAACUUUUACAAAAUCAUUUGGAUCAUGUGGUGGUUAUAUUGCUGGGUCCAAGGAGGUUAUACAAUAUCUCAAGUACUCUUGUCCUGCUCAUCUAUAUGCAACAUCGAUAUCACCGCCCGCUGCACAACAAAUUAUAUCUUCCAUACAGGUCAUUCUUGGAGAAGAUGGUUCUAGUAGAGGGGCUCAAAAACUUGCAAGAAUACGUGAAAACAGUAACUUUUUCAGGUCAGAGCUGCAGAAGAUGGGUUUUGAGGUUCUUGGAGAUAAUGAUUCUCCAGUAAUGCCCAUAAUGCUGUACAAUCCUGCAAAAAUCCCUGCAUUUUCUCGGGAGUGCUUAAAACAGAAUGUAGCUGUUGUUACUGUCGCUUUUCCAGCUACUCCUCUACUUUUAGCCAGGGCACGUAUUUGCAUAUCUGCCUCUCAUACCAAGGAAGACCUUGUCAAAGCUUUAGAGGUAAAUAACCCUGUUAGUAUAACUUCACUUCCUGUAUCCUUUAGCCAUAAAAGACCGAAGGUUUAUGUACAUGAACAAAUUCUGAUUGGGGAUAUAUGGUUAUUAGACAGACAUUAAUGUUAGGUUUAGGUAUUCGAUGGGCGCAAACUUAGAAUCUGGUGAUGGGAAAGCUACGACUUUGAUAUUGUAAAUUUUGAUUCUUUCAGCUGUCAGAUUUCUUGAAUGGCUACUUUUUUGGCCUUUUCUUUGGCUAGUGCCCAACGAUCAACCCAGAGAGUUAGCCAAGCAGAAUAUGACAGCCAAAUUCGAGUACGUGACACGUUAAUGCUUUUAGAUUCCAGGCAAGUAAUGGUAAUUCUUCUCUUCUUUUGGCAGGUUAUCAGUCGGGUAGGUGACCUGGUGGGCAUAAAGUACUUCCCUGCUGAACCAAACAAGCAGCAUCAGGAGCAAAGCAUGAUGAAGUUGGAGUGAGCAUUUUGAAUGUCAUUAUAAUGAAAAAUGUGUAGCGUCUAGAAGUUGUAGGCUUGAUGUGAGUGUGACGUAGUUCACUGGUCCAGUGUCUCCAAAUCUUCUAUGAGAAUUAGGGAAUGUUGCAGUUCUCUAGCCGUUUGUGAUCAUUCAGAAUUCUCUGCCUUGUUUCUGUAUCUCUCUCAUAUGUAGUCUUCUAUUGGAUUUGGAUUUUGCCAAACUCAGUGUACAGAUACAAAUGAAAUUCAUUCAAUUCAUAAGUGAUUUUUUUCCACUUAAA